AUGGGCAGCAGCAUGCGUACCGUGGAGAGUAGCUCGCUUGGCACGGGCAACGUCGCACCGGCAGUGCCUUCCGCUCUUUCUUCUUCUCAGGCAGAGCAGAGGCCCCAAGCAAUUGCUAUCAACAACUCAGUGACAACAAUCGAUGGGCAGUCAAACCCAAUCCUCACCAACAUCGCGACGGGGGUCCGAGCUCGAUGGAGUACAGAGAGAAAGGAAGCAGCGGCACCCGGAAAACCAAGUAUACCCCGUCUCCGAAAGAUUUCGAAGCAGUGCCUGCCACGUGGCGGGACAUACUUGGCAACGGUUAUCGGUCCCAUCCAGGUAGGUAUUCCCCCCGAGACCAUCAAGGAUUCUAUGGCUCUUGGCCUCCCCGUCCCGCAGUACUUCGUGGUGCCCCCGGAGAAGUUUUGCAGGACGUUGGGCAACAGCUUAGGUGUCAACGUCGCCGAGUUCGAGUUCCCGGCGUACUAUAACUUCUUCUUAAAGGGCAACACGGUGAAACUGAUCGUUGACUCCGUGGAGACCGAGGUCAGAAUUCGCGCUCUGAUGCAGGAGACUCUUCUCGGCCCUGAAGACGUCGACGCCUCGAUCGACUUCGACGAUUCGGUGCCUGUGGAAAACAGGCCGGACAUCGGGAAGGAGCUGUCAUACUUUCGGACUUUCAACGGAAAGGAGCUGUCUAUCGACCUCCUCAUCACCUUUAUCCACCAGAACAGUGACGGCAUCGUGAUUCUCGACGGUGUGGACGGAACCCCUGGAGCCGACUGGUGCAUUUCGAUCGCCGUCUCAAAUACCGACGGGGGGCAGUACAUCUUCACCGAGCACCAGAAAGGAGGCAGCGACCCCUCGCACGAGAACGCACCACGGCUUAGUGCAGGCGAUUCCGAAAGCACGGACAGAGAGGAGGAUGUUUGGGAGGAGGAAAAUUCGAUGCCUAACGCCAUCGACGUGAGAGCAGCGGGAGACACGAACGACACCCUCCGCCACACCUCUCUGAGGCAUGAAUCGAUUGCGAAGCACAUGUCGGUACAGCUGACCGAGGGGGGCAGCGAAGAAGAGAGUUCGGACACGUGCUUGAAGAAGGGAAAAAAAUCGUCUAGAGGCUCGAAGGGGUCACCGAGCAUUAGGGAAGAAAACAGGGAGGGGGAAGACGAAAGAGGGGGAACAAGAAACGGGCGGGAAGGAGAGGGGCGGGGCAUUGGAAGGGGCCAGGGAGCGGAAUCGCAACCAAAGUACGCGUCCAUUCGGCGAGUGUGCGUAUCAAGCCCCAAGGGAAAGAACAAAGGCUCCACCAGCUUCGACGAGGCCCCCGACAGGCACCCCUUUACCCCAACACGACCAUUGAUCAAAUCAAGCUUUGGCAAUCAGCGGUCAGAAAUGGGCCGCCCCUUAGGUUCCGUCGCUAACUGGUUUGGCCGGUGGCUCGUUCACGCGCACAUUGGCGGGAGCAAAAGCCGAAGCGCCGACGAUGGCGAUAUUGACAGGGAUGGCAGGAUCUCGAGAGUAAAAUCGGCCAAAGUCGAAGCUAGCACACAAUUUGAGUCGACCCCGCCGGCAGGAAACGAUAUGUCCAAGGCUGGACGAGAGUCAAGGAGCGCGAUACGGACACGUCGGAGGAUGUGGGCACCGGGGUUAAGCGGUUGGGUACGGGCGGGGAUUCCGUGUCUUAACGGAUUCCUCCCUAUGCGAACAGAAGAGGUUUCGAUUACGUGCCCGCUACCGACGACGUUGCCGUCUCAGCCCAAGCAGAGGGAGGAUGAGUUCAUAGCUCCAACGUUCGGGACCACAGUGCUCGGGAACAGUCACGGAUUUGAUCCGAACGGGCGAGGCGGAGUCCGCCUUUUCAAGGUGUUGCAAGCCUCAAAGCAGAUUUCGGCCCUGCACUCGACGUUGUUGUCGGAGCCCAAGUCGAAAAGUUCUCCCGCGCUUUGCGAACGGUGUCUCAUUAUCUUGAAAAUUAGAAGCACAAGUGGAUAUGUCCUCUGGAUAAACGGGAGAGGAUACAUGAUAGACCCGCCGCCCUACGCCAGCAUGAUUCUGCAGGCGUCCAACAUCCGGCCGUCUCUUAUCGCGGGAGUCAUAGUGACGCACUGUCACGCAGACCACGACGCGGGAACCUUUCAGAAGGUCCUACUGGAUGGCCAGAUCAACAUCGUUUCCACCAGGACCAUUUACGAAUCUUUCAUCCGCAAAUACACCGCUCUCUCUGGCAUGAGCGGCGACCUUAUCCGCUUUAGCCACAAGUUCAUCCCCGUGAAGAUCGGGCAGACUUUGAGGCUUAACGGGGCCUCCUUCGACUUCUUUUAUACCCUUCACUCUAUUCCCUGCGUGGGCUUUGAGGUUACUUUCAAGGGCAAGGGCAUGGUAUUUUCUGCAGACCACAUGAACGAUCCAGGCAGGAUCCGUGAGAUGUGCGAACAGGGUUUUCUAUCAGAAGGGAGGCGUGAUGCCCUCCUAAACUUCCCGUGGCACCACGACUUGAUCUUUCACGAGGCAGGGAUCCCUCCGAUCCACACGCCGAUACAAACCCUGGAGCGUAUUUUUCGGAUGGGUGUCGCGUUUUAUGGAAGGAAGUACAUGGUGUCACAUCCUUUCAGGGUCUUGCUGUGGCGCUACGACGCCGUGGUACGCCGCGCCGGAUGCCCGCAAGACAGAACUACGUUCGCAGGCAGUAUUGGAGAAGUCUUGCGUGACUUCUUCUGUUUUUUACCGCAGGGCCUCGCCGACGACCUCAAAAAGCGGGUGUUCGUGGUGCACGUGAGCGAGUCCUCGAUUCCCAAAGACAGCGGGCUGAAGGUGCCCCCCGCAGGGGUCGAGAACACGAUGCGGCUAGACACCAUCGCCAAUAUUCACGAAGAAGCGCUGGACUCGUUGGACCUCAUUUGCUCCGUGGGAAUCCUGAGCGGUGUUUCUGUGGCCCAGGCGCGGUCUCUGCUGGAGGUGGCGCGGCAGGUUAGGUUUGAAGCGAAUGCGAUCGUCCAGCACUGCGACAUUGAUACCACAGAUUUUGCAAUCAUAUGCCACGGAAAAGCAACAUCCACGUGA